AUGCAAAAAUUCUGACGAUAUAAGAGUAACAUCCAUCCUCCUGUUGGUCCUCAAACCAUUUAAAGUUUGGCGAAUCUUUUGGUUAGUUGUUCGAAAGAGAGUUGGAGAAAGCAUUUCUACAAUAUUUGGUUUCCACAUCAUGUCUUCCGAAGAUAUUCAUUUCGGAGUAUCAGAGAAGUCUUCGCCCCGGCCGCAAGACUCGAGUCCUGACAGGGAACCAGGCAUCCUUCACGAUGCCAGGAUGGACGAAUUUGGAAAGUUUCUAGUACCGACACCUACGACAGACGAUCUGGACCCCCUCAAUUGGCCUAAUCUCCAGAAGUACACAAUAGUCGCCAUUGUGUGCUUCUCCUACUUUAUGUUGACAUACUUCACGACUGCACCUGUGCCAUCGUUCACCCUCCUUCAAGUCCAAUUCGAUGCCACGUACUCGCAGGUCAAUUGGACUUUCGCAAUCCCUGCUUUGGGUCUUGCUGCGGGACCUCUGUUCUGUUCUGCUUUAGCUGAUAUCUAUGGUCGUCGAGUGGUGAUGAUUGUCGGUACCACGAUAGCUUUGAUCUCGAGUGGCUGUACCUCCAUUCACGGGAUAAGCUUUGGAGGUUAUCUUGCUGCUCGUUUCUUCCAAGGCUUUGGUAUUGGCCCUGCUGCAAAUGUAGGCUUGAGCAUUGUCAAUGACAUCUCUUGGGAACAUGAACGCGGGUUUCGAGUUGGGCUGUGGGCCAUGUCUGCGAAUAUGGGAACAUUGGUUGGAGGUCUUGUUGGAGGUUUUCUGGCAACAGUUGACCAAUAUUGGAUAGCAUACCAUGUGACGAUGCUUUUUGCGGUUCUUCUCGUGCUCGAGUUGUUCUUCCUGCCUGAGACGUUGUUCCCCAGAACUCUUGUAGUCUCGUAUGAGCAGAAUUCAGAUUCCCAGAAAAUUUCGGAAAGCGCCCCAGCUGGAUCCGCGUCUUCAUUGAAGAAGACGAAACAGCUCGGAUUCCUGAACUUCAAGAAAGUUCCGGGGAUACCACAUCCAAAACCCUACGUGACUGCAGUCCAAUUUUGCAUGAUCUGGUCAUACCCGACGAUCGUCCUGAGUACGCUGGCAUAUGUCUUCUUCCACUACUGGUGGAUAUGUUCUGUACUUACCAUGGAGCCUGCAGCUUACUACAAUUACAAACUUCAGAUUCAAGGACUCUUUUUUCUCGGUUUAAUUGUGGGCGUUGUUCUUGCAGAGAUAUUCUGUUCAGGCCGACUCAGUGAUUGGAUACAUGGCGGCGAAAGACUGCCCGAGAUGAGAUUGUGGUUGGGGUACCCAGCUGCUGUUGUCUCGUCCAUUGGGCUCAUCGUUUGGGUUCUGUCGAUAGAUCGGCAGUGGCAUUGGAUCACUGGCCAAAUUGCUUUCUUCCUAUACGCUGCUGGUUUGCAAAUCGGCAACACCGUUCUGUCCACAUACAUUGUGGAUAAUUAUCCAGAACAUGCAAUGGAAGUUAUCACGUUCUAUACCGUGAUAAUAAAUAUGUCAGCAUUCAUAAAUCCUUGGUUUAUCAAUGAUUGGGUGGAGAAAUCAGGAUAUACUUGGACCUUCUCGGCGCAGGCAAUUAUCUGCACGUUCGGAAUCAUUCCGACAUAUUUCGUGUUGCAAAGAUAUGGACCAAAACUCCGUCGACCGAUGAAUCUUGGUUUUGCAGACCAUAUCGACCCUUGACCGGAAAUUGUAGUCAAAUCCUGUCAUUUAAAGUGUGCGAUAAAUGUAAAUUGCGAUUUCGGAUAGUCGAGGUGGUUUUGGGUCUUGCUCUCGAGCAACAUACGGCGGCGGUGUCAUAGAUGAGAUCCAGUAUGAAAAUUGUGUCGAGAAGG